AUGGGGGACCCGGGCCUGCUGCGGUGCCAGGCCUGCGACAUGGUCUUCCGCUCCCGGCCCCUGCUCGACGUCCACACUCAGCGCCUCUGCAUCGGGCGUCUGACGGGCGAGGAGCUCCGGCCACCCUGCCCCGGGCUUGCCCCUGGCCUCGACGCCCAGCCCGGGCCCGGCGUCAUCGAGGUGGGCCAACUGGAAGCCAACAGGACGGAGCCGGAAGCGGAGCCCUGGGGCAGACGCGGCCUGGAGGUCCCUGCCCCCCGGACCCUCACGGAGGAGGUGCACAGGCUUCAACUGCUGGUGCAGGAGAUGGGGCUGGGGGGGCCGGAGCCCCUCGUCCAGGGCAGGGGUGGUCCCAGGGGGCGGGAGAACCGGGAGCAGCUCCGGGCACUGGAAGAGGCUCACGCCCGGCGGCUGGCAGAGAUCCAGGCCCAGAACCGCAGCCUGGAGCAGCAGAGGGAUGGUAAGUUCAGGAUGGGGGGCUGCUGUUCCUCCCCCUCUUCCCCUCUCCUCAGCAAUGUCCUCGUCCACUCAUUUGAAUACAUUUAUAUUACCCUAUUUUGUAUUAACCGGCACCUGGCGGACCUGGCCGUGAAGACCCCUGCCUCGCAGGAGCCGCAGGCCCCGGGGGAUCACGGGCAGCCGCCGCAAGGCUGCGGAGGAGAAGGCUCUCACCAGGAAGGGUCUCAGCUCGACCCACCAGCGGAGAAGGAAAGAUGCCAAGUGGGAUGGCGGCUAUUCUCCGCAAGUCCCGGGCCUUUGGCUGCCGAGAUCCGGGCCCUCCACCUGGGCUACGUCCAGGGCGGUGGCCGGGACCGCAGGGUCCUGACCCAGAUGGCCGAGCUGCACACAGAGGCCACAGCACUGGAGAGUGAGAGGAAGCGGUCGGAGCGGAAGACCAGGCGGGCGGCUGGUGCCGCCGCCCGGGGCCUGGAUGAGGAGCUGUGGGCAGUGGAAGCGGAGAACCAGAGACUGGAGGGGGAGAUUCUGAAGUUGAAGCUCCACCGGGGCCAGAGGAGAACACGGCGAGGUCGUAAAUUCCCCCAUUUCACCGUGUCUUUGGUCUCCGCUGAAAGGCCCCCCCCAUUGCCACCUUCCCUGGGCCCCGGAGACCCCUACCUGGCCUGCGGGGCAAAGGAGUGGCCGCGCCCCCAGACCCCCGUGCCCACCCAUCACAUCCUGGCCCCUCCGGACGUGCUGGGCCCGGCCCCCUACGACCCGGCGGCGGGCUUGGUGGUCUUCUACGAUUUCCUGCUGGGCCUGGAGAGGCCCUGGCUGCAGGUGCGACUGGUGAGCGGCCUGGCCCGGGCCGGGCAGGAGCUGGGCACACCCACUCCGCUACCCACCAGCCCCUGCCUGGCCCUGCCCCCGGCCCGGGGCCGCCCACGGGGCAGCUGUGCCAUCCUGGCCUCCAAGCAGCCUGUGCCCAGGCCUCCAAACUCUCCCUGCCGUGAGACGCUCCUCCACCCCUGGUUCUGUUUGCCCCCCGGCCUGCCCGUCCCUGACCCAUCCUUGCCACCCCCCUCCUGCCCCACCAGACUGCGCCCCUGCCCGACCUUGUCCCUGCUGAUGGUCCUGGAGGCCUCGGGGGGCUUCUCCCCCAGUGGCGGGGAGCUGGAGGGCCUGAAGCCCCGAGGCUGGGCCAAACUGCGGCUCUUCGACCCGGAGCGGCGGGCGCUGAGUGGGCGCUGGCGGGUCCCUCUGCGGGCACUGCCAGCGGACCCCAGCCUCACCCCAGAGCAGCUCAAUGGGGUCCCCCAGGCUGGCCGGGCCGAGCUCUACCUGCGGGUGGCAAACGCCAGAGAUGCCGAGGUGCAGUCCUUGGCGGAGGUGGACCCCUCCCGCGCCCCCGACUACCUCUUCCCCCCGCCGGUGCCCCAUCCGGUUGGCCGAGACAGCGGGUCGCUCCGCCCCCUCCCCACAAGCCUGGGCCCCCUCCCCGCCGACUUCGUGGACCCCCCUCCUGCCCGAGAACCUUCGCCCCAGCACACCCCAAGCCUCGGCUGA